AACAUGGAUCUGCUUCCUGCCCAGGAGGCUGCUAAAAUCUACCACACCAACUAUGUGAGAAACUCUCGAGCCAUCGGCGUGAUGUGGGCCGUGUUCACCAUCUGCUUCGUCAUCAUCACCAUGGUGGUCUUCAUCCAGCCGUACUGGAUCGGGGACAGCGUGAAUACUCCGCAGGCCGGGUACUUCGGCCUCUUCCACUACUGCAUCGGGAACGCGCUCACCUCGGAGCUCGUGUGCAAAGGCAGCGUGCUGGACUUCGCCUCCAUCCCUUCUCCGGCCUUCAGGACCGCCUUGUUCUUCGUGGGGACCUCCAUGCUGCUGAUCGUGGGCACCAUGGUCUGCUUCAGCUUGUUCUUCUUCUGCAACGCCGGGAACGUGUACAAGAUCUGCGCGUGGAUGCAGCUGGCCUCAGCCCUGCUGAUGGUGAUGGGCUGCAUGAUCUACCCGGACGGCUGGGACUCUCCGGAGGUGAAGAGGAUGUGUGGCCAGAGGACGGAUAAGUACAGCCUGGGGAACUGCACGGUGCGCUGGGCCUACAUCCUGGCCAUCAUCAGCAUCCUGGACGCCCUCCUCCUGGCGCUCCUGUCCUUCACACUGGGAAACAGGCAGGACAAACUGCUGCCAGACGACUUCGAGGUGGACGGAGGAGCAGCAAACCCCUGAUGAACACGGACGCUGAGGACGGCAGUGAUGCGGAUGCAAUGAACAAGCA